AAUGGCGGUUACACAAGCAGUCGCAGGAAAAAGGGAGUUCUCAAUGCGAAAGAACGCAAUUUGCGGCGACUCGAGUCAAAUGAACGCGAACGUAUGCGGAUGCACAGUUUGAAUGAUGCGUUCCAGUCGCUGCGCGAUAUAAUUCCGCACAUCAAAAAGGAACGCCGUCUCUCGAAAAUCGAGACACUCACGCUCGGCAAGAACUACAUCAAUGCAUUGCACGACACGAUUAUCCGCAUGGGAGGCUCCGUCACUGGGCAUGCAUCCUACGUCAUGCCGGAGCCGUCUGAUGCACUUACCAAUGGAGACGGCAUGCCAAUUGUGCACGACUUGAACAUCAAGCAGGAACGAUCGCCCAGCACUGAGCGGAAGAGAGGCUUGCGACUUCAUAAAAACGGUAAGAUGUACUAA